AGCUUUCAAGUCAACUUCCAAGAGGACGUCGAUAGGGCAAUUGGCAGAAGACUCAUCGUCCUUCGACCAGACCUCCUUGCACUGCCAUGCUUGGAGUCUUAGUCAAUUCCCUUGCCACUCUCCACAAGAGGAGUACAACAAUGAAGGAGUCUACUCCAACGUCGCCUACCAAAGGGAGAUUUGUCAAUAAGGUGAGGGGAUCGGGGUUCCUAAAGAUUAGCCUCGAUGAUCUCGCCAUCGAGUUGUUUGACUCUUCCUUGAGAGGUCACUCAAAUUCACAGAAUGCUAACGUCAACUCCAAGAAUGGAGGAGGACAAGAGAGUGUAACACAGAGAAAGGGGUGGUUAGUGUUAAGGCACACGUCAAGAAGCAUGUGUAGCAAUAACGGUGCCGUGGGAAGAGGAGUUUCGGAAAGUGCUAAUUCAAGGAGAUCCUGGGAGGAAGAGAUUGAAUAGAAUGGAUGAUGAUGAGAGGAUAAAUGUUUAAUUUAA